AUGCGUCGUCGUCUUUACGUAAAUCUCGAUGAACUUGAUACACCUGGAACUUGGAAUCACAUUACUGAUCAAAUUGGGAUGUUCUCAUUUACUGGACUUAAACCCCACCAAGUUAAAGUCAUUAAAGAAAAAUAUCAUGUGUAUUUGACAGAUAACGGCCGUAUUUCUAUGGCUGGGUUAUCUUCUAAAAAUGUGGAAUAUUUUGCGAAAGCUGUAGAUGAUGUC